GGCUCAGAAAGCGGUGACCAGCUCCGCGGCCGCCCGUGGUCCCUCUCUGUCCCCGGGGGCUGCUCCGCGUCCGCGUCCGUGAGCGGCAGGGGCCGCAGAGCGCCUGCUCAUGGAGCCCCGGGGCCCGGCUCGGGCCGCGCUGCUCGGGCCGCUGCUGCUGCUGUUGCCGCUACUCCUGCCUCCGUCCGGGCCGGCCGUGUCCGCCCAGAGCGCGGCCGCUGCUUGCUCUGAGAACACCAACAAAUCCUGCAGCGAGUGCCUGAAGAACGUCUCGUGCUUCUGGUGCUAUACGAAUAACGCCUGCCUGGACUAUCCGGUCCGGAAGAUCCUGCCGCCCAGCUCGCUCUGCCAGCUGAGCUCUGCCCGAUGGGGCGUGUGCUGGGUGAACUUCGAAGCCCUGAUCAUCGCCAUGUCGGUGGUGGGAGGUGCCCUCCUCCUGGGUAUCACCAUCUGCUGCUGCUGCUGCUGCCGGAAAAAGAAACACCCCAGGUCCGACAAAGAGGAGGAGCGCGCUGCCAGGGAGAGAGAAGAGAGAAGAGUUCGGCAGGAGGAGAGGAGAGCGGAGAUGAAGUCCAGACACGAAGAAAUCAGGAAAAAAUAUGGCCUGUUUAAAGAACAGAACCCUUACGCCAGAUUCGAGAACUAGCCUCCGUGGAGCCCCCGCGGGCGGCCCGACCUGCUCUGCCCAGACGAGCCCCGCAGACGCCGAGGAAAGCCCGCCCCGGCCGCCAUUAACGCGAUGCUUUCAGUAAAGAGCCUUGUGUUCAAUAGCCCUUGGCGAAUUCUUGUAGCCCAUGAAACACUCUGAGAGAAGCCCUCCUCCUUGGCCCGGUGGACGCGGCUCCGACCCCCCGGGCCCCUUUGUCUCCUGGAUCAGCCGCGCUCACAGAAGGGGUCGGGCCGCCCCCCUCCCCCCCACCCGCUGGCUCCGGCGCCUUUCUCGGCUUCCUGUUUGUUCUUUGGGACCGAGGCCUCGGUUCGGGUUGAAGUCGCCUUCGCCAUCUAACCCUUUGUGAUCAGACACCCUGAAAGUGGGCGUCCCUGCUCGUCUCCCCAGAGGAGCCGCCAGCCGCGGGCGUGGGCUCGUUUGCCCCCCUGAAGUACAGUGCCAAGGUGGCACUGGGCGAGCCCACCGGAAUUAGAGCGUCGGGGUGUUUGGGGGUUCUUCGGACCCUUCUGUUUUUAAGAAACAGGGUUAGAUUUCUCUGGCUCCAGAAGCCAGGGACAAAGAGCAGCGACCGUCUGAGCCUAAAAAAGUGCCUUCUCCAAGUCAGGAGCCAUCAGGGCGUGGGGGCCCAGGGAGCAGAGCUGGCCGGUUCCUCUGGGAGGGGGACAGAGCCCCUGGCCACCCCUUCCGAGGGUCGUUGUUUCCCUCUGCGGGGUGGGCGGCGGCAGGAGGAGUGAGCCGGGCUUGCUGACCGGGGUGGUCGGUGGGGACCAUUGUGGCGGCCCCCCUUUCUCGUGCUGCUGAACCAGCUCCAUCAAGACCAGCCUGGGCGCAGGGAGGUGGAAGUUGGGCGUCGUCCUGCAGAGGGGCUCCCCCAAAGCUAGCACGCAGUGUAACUCAGCUGCUUUUAAUCUUCCAAACGUUCCACGUUCUUCUUGCACUCUUUUUAAAAACACUUUUUACAGCCUUACUGUGAAUUAACCUUUCUAUGCUGAAACUCUCGGCUGCCAGAAGCUGCCUCUCGGACCCUUCCUCCCCGGUUCCUCGGCUGCCCGCGCGGAGCACAGCGCGCCCUUGGGGAGGCAGCGGCGGAGGAAGGGCUUUCCGGAAGCGGCGAGCCCCGAAUGUGCGCCCGGUGAGGGUCCGCGGCGGGCAGGACCGCCUGACGCGGUCCUGGGCCCCGAUCCCUUCCGUGUCCGAGGAGCCCAGAUUUUUAAGUGUCCUUGCUCUGUUUCUGUCUUUUUCUCUACGAGGCCAGCCUGUGGCCACAGGCUCAUGCUCACACUGGGGAGUGCCUUACUUUUGGGAAAUCAAAAUAAAAAAGGUUGAUUGUAA